CUUUCUCUUCUCCAUUGGUUCCACUCUUCUAGUUCUAGUCCUCCUUUCUUCUUAUUUCUUGUUUUUAUGUAUUAAAUAUUGCAGGGAGUAAGCAAUUGAAAGAAGGUGGAAACUGAGGGAGGUGUGUGGGCAUAUGAUGCAUUUUGGUGCAUUGAGGACCGGAAUAAGGAAUUGGCUUCGCGACUAUGUCAGGGUUCAAUCCGCCGCUGUGAUUCUCAUCUACCUUCAAAUUGGCUGCGCACUCAUCGGAUCUCUUGGGGCGCUAUACAGCGGGGUUUUGUUCGCCCAUCUCGGGAUUGCGUUGUUCGCCCUGGUGGCCAUCGAGAGCAGCAGCCAGAGCCUCGGCAGAACCUACGCCGUCCUCCUCCUCUCCGCCGUCUUGCUCGACGUCUCCUGGUUCCUCCUCUUCUCCCGCCAAAUCUGGAACAUUUCAUCUGAAAAUUAUGGAACCUCUGUUAUCUUCUCAGUGAAACUUAGUAUGUACAUGCAAAUAAUUGGUUUUUGUGUAAGGUUAUCAUCUUCAAUAUUGUGGAUUCAGAUAUACAGACUCGGUCCUUCUUAUGUAGACAAUUCUUUUCCUCGAGAAGCAGAUGCUGAUUUGCAAAAUAGCUUUCUCAGUCCUGUAAACCCUUCUAUAACUAGACAUAUUUUCAGCUCUGGUGAUGCUUUAGGUGGCUCUGUAUAUGACCCUGCAUAUUAUUCAUCUUUGACUGGAGAUGGUAAAGAUGAGGAGUAUAUGUCUGGGGCCAAUCAAAAUCAUGGAAUGGUGGUUGGAUCAACUGCUUCUCCUGAAGGAACUACACCAGUGAAGCCAGUCAUUAAUAGAUUUGUUCAGGGCAAAGAUGACCUAAAUGCUGUUAGGAAUCUACUGCAAGGCUGAACCUGUCUGGAUUCUUUCCCCCUGGAGGGUUAUACAUUUUUAAGUAACUCAAUUCUUGGCAGGGUAGUUUUAUGGUAGUGAGUAUUGUACAGUGACCCAGUUGUAGUAUCACUCCCAGGAUAUAAGAUUUGCAUUGAAGCAAAACUUAUUCUCUAAAGAUAAAGAUGAUGGCAGUGUAGAGAAGCUUUACUUUAUAGUUUCUAGCAUAGAAAUUUCAAUCUUUAUCUGGGGAUAUUGUUAAAGAUUUGGCCAGCUGGUGCAAAUAGUUCUUGAUUUCCUGGGAAAUGAAAUGAAUACCACUCUAGCUUCUGUCUUCA